AUGCCUUUGUUUGACGAUGAAAAUAAACCCUGGAAACAGUCGGAGAUUGAUAAAUUGAUUAAAGCUGUUGGAGUAUUUGGGGAAGAUUGGAGGUUUAUUUCUGAAACCACCUUUUCGAAUCAAAGGUCUGGAUUAACUAUAGCUGAGAAAUGGGCGCGUAUCAGGUCGAAAUUGGGUGUCAUGGAGCCACAGGAGACUAUUAGCACGAAAAGAAAGAAUGAUGGAGAUAAUGGUUGCCCUGAGAUCAAGAAGAUUCGAGCCAAAAUGUCAACGAUUAUAUCACUAAAGAUUCCAGAACAAGCAGACACGUCUUCAACCAUCUCAACACCCGAAUUUUCAAAUUCUAGUGUUUCUACACCAAGUGACUAUGAAACUGAUUACCAAAAUCACAAGACGCCAGCCCAUCAACAAAAAAUAUCAACGCGAACUAAAAUGUUUUGGACUGCCAAAGAAGAAGAUCUGCUCAUUAGUUCCGUUGAAGAAUAUGGUACACAAUGGGAUUCUAUUUCCAAGAGAAUUUUUAAGUCCAGAAGGAAUCCGAAUGCUUUGGCGCUUAGGUACCGGCAACUUCAAAAGAAAAAAAGAUGUCGUCCAGUAUUUGCUUGUGAAAGCUCGAGAAAUGCAAAUGGGGUUUUUGAUAAAGUAGAAACUACGACCGAAACCAAUCGAUUAUCAGUUGAAAAGGAACAAGAAACACUUUUGUCAGCCAUAUCCAAGACUAACUCAUGGAGUGAUUCAGAAAACGAGAUUAUUAGGAUGGCAGUAAUUUUGCAUGGGGAGAAAGAUUGGGACAAAGUAGUCCAGCUUCUACCGCAUAGAAAUCAAAUGGAGCUGGCGUUACAUUGGUGUAAAAUAAAGCAUAAAUAUUUAAAUGUGCCUUCGACACUACAGGUGAAGCCUACAAAUACUCCAUGGACUGAGGAAGAGGAAUGUAUUCUGUCAUUUGGAAUUGCCUUUGAGGGCUUCGUGAAAUGGAAUAAAGUUGCUAUAGAACUUCCCAAUCAUAAUCUCGCCGAUAUGAUUCUUCGGUGGGACGUAUUGACAUCCAGGAAAGAAAAGCGAAAUUAUGAUAACCACGAACAUAAAAGCCGCAAUGGUAAAUCAAAUAUUUGA